AUGACUUGGAAUUGCGGUGAUUCUCCCAAUUGCAUUGGCAGCCUUUUCAUCACUUCCAAGCUUUGGGUCGACAACACUAACGGAGACCUUGUCCUCCCCGCAUUACAGAACACUCUCAAAAAUCUUGGACUGGAGUAUCUUGAUCUUUAUCUCAUUCAUUAUCCAUUAAGUUUGUGAAGAGGGUCGUAAGGGUUUCCAAUCAAGAAAGAGGAUAUUAUAACAAUGGAUUUUGAGUCUGUUUGGGGAGCCAUAGAGGAAUGUCAAAAGCUUAGUCUCACCAAAUCCGUUGGAGUCAGCAACUUUUCGUGCAAGAAGCUUGAGGAGUUGCUUGCCAUUACAAAAAUCCGUCCUGCUGUUAAUCAGGUGGAGUUGAACCCAGUUUGGCAACAGAAGAAGCUGAGGAAGUUCUGUGAGGAAAAGGGCAUCCAUAUAACAGCUUACUCACCAUUAGGAGCCGAAGGAACACUCUGGGGAAGUUCUGAAGUUCUGGAAUGUCAAGUACUGAAAGACAUUGCAAAUUCCAAAGGGAGGACAGUUGCUCAGGUUUCUCUCAUAUGGGUUCAUGAACAAGGAGUAAGCUUAGUUGUAAAGAGCUUUAACAAAGGAAGAAUGGAAGAGAACCUGAAUAUAUUUGAUUGGAAUUUAACUAAAGAAGAAUUGCAUAAGAUAGAGCAAAUUCCUCAGAGGAGGGGAAAUCCUGUUGAAUAUUUCAUAUCAGAAAAAUGUCCUUACAAAUCAAUCGAGGAGUUCUGGGAUGGAGAAAUUUAA